UCUCCCUCCAACCUGGGUGGCAGCGUGGCGCGCCGGGGCUCCGCGCCUCGGUCCCCGCCUCCCCUCCCCGCCGCCGGCUGCGAUCCCCUGGGGGUCCGGAGAGCCCGGAGACGGAGAAACCGCCUUAAUAAAGAGCUCGUGUCAAGUGAUUGGCUGUGACCUCUGCCCUCCCCAGACUCGCGCCCGCGGCUCCUGCUUAACCCUUCGAUGCCCGCCCAACCGUUGAAGAGGUCUCUGAGCUCGCGGCGGCCGCCCCGGACCCAAUUGGGCCCCAGUGGAGCCGAGCCCCGCCGCCUCGUCUUCCGCAGCUCCGGCUCGGAGCGGGAUUCGCCCGCUGGUAGUGCCGCCGGGUGCCGGGCGCCAAGGGGCCGAGCGCACCGAGUCAGGUGGGGACCGAGCGAGACGUGACCCUGGGGCUCGCGCUGCAGGACGUGAGACCUGGGUAUCUGCGCCCCGGGCCUGGCGCCCCCUCCUCCCGGCUGAGAGCCCAAGCCGAGCGCUCGGCCCGUGUCGCCUCCCCAGACACCCCUGGCGCGGGAGCCAGCUGUCUCGGGCCGGCGAGCCCUGCACCCGCCCCCGGGGCCAGAUCCAGAGGCCGGGGAGCCGGGGCUCAGGGCCCCCCAGGUGGGGUGGGGGGCGGGGCGGCAGGCGGAGCCAUCUCUCUCGCUCUCGCUCUCUCUCUCUCUCUCUCUCUCUCUCUCUCUCUCUCGGGCAGGGGCGGGCCCGGCGCAGGGUAUAAAAGCUGCCCGCGCGGGAGCCCAAGCCAGCUCCGGGGUUGUCCUGGGACGUGUCCUGGCUCCCGAGUCUCACGACCAGGCGACGGCGACAUCUCUCUUGACGAAAAGACUCGGCGUCCAGUGCUCCGACCAAAGCAUCAUGCCCAACUUCUCCGGCAGCUGGAAGAUCAUCCGAUCGGAAAACUUCGAGGAUUUGCUCAAAGUGCUGGGGGUGAACGUGAUGCUGAGGAAGAUCGCCGUGGCGGCAGCAUCCAAGCCGGCGGUGGAGAUCAAGCAGGAGGGAGACACUUUCUACAUCAAAACCUCCACCACGGUGCGCACCACGGAGAUCAACUUCAAGAUCGGAGAGGAGUUCGAGGAGCAGACGGUGGACGGGAGACCCUGCAAGAGCCUGGUGAAAUGGGAGAGUGAGAACAAAAUGGUCUGCGAGCAGAGGCUUUUGAAGGGAGAGGGUCCCAAGACCUCGUGGACCAGGGAGCUGACCAACGACGGGGAGCUGGUCCUGACCAUGACGGCGGAUGAUAUCGUGUGCACCAGGGUCUAUGUCCGGGAGUGAGCGGCCGACGGUCCAAGGGCUUCCAGAGCCGCCCCCCAGCCCCUGCUCCCUGCCCCACUGCCCUUCCCCCUUCCUUCUAGGCUAGCUCUCCCCUCACCCCGCUCACUCCCGGGGAUGCUGGGAUGCCUCCAGCGGGGCUCUGCUUUUUGGGGCCUCCCCUUCCUCCGCUCCCCCAACAAAGAGGGAUGGAUGGUAAGAACCCUGAUCACCCGGUCCAGAAUCACUCCCCUUCCCCAGCCAGCAGUCCCAGCCCCAAACCAGCCCAGAGCACAGCCCCUCUCUCUGUGAGGGGACCUGAGGGCCCCAGUGGGAAACACGGCCCUCUGGUUUCCACUCUUUGUCCCGGUAGCCUACACAGUGUAGAAUAUUUAUUGGUUAAUUUUAUUAAAAUGUUUUGAAAAAUACAA